AUGUUUGCUAAGAAGAAAAAGAAACCACAAAUAUCUACACCGACAAAUUUUGAACAUCGUGUACAUACAGGAUUUGAUAAACGUGAAGGAAAAUUCAUUGGACUUCCAUUACAGUGGGCUUCUAUUGUUGGAAACAAUCAAAUUUUAAAAUCUACAAACAGGCCAUUACCUUUGGUUGAUCCAAGUGAAAUUACACCUACAGAAAUUUUAGAUUUAAAAACUAUUGUUCGAGGUCAUAAUGAUCCAAAAGGAAGGACUUCUACCGGUGAUAAGAAUACUGAGAAUGGGUUACCCAAGACUAGCACUGUUGCUAGAUCUAAUUCUCUUCGUUCCUCGAGCCCACCAAGACUCAGAAGGGAUUAUAGGCAUAAUAGUAAUUUGCCACCAUCUGUACCAGAAGGACAAGAAAUACCAUCUGGUACUAAUCAAGUACAAGGAUAUACUAACUUUGGAAAGCAACAUAAUUAUUUUGAUAAAAUGAGACAGAAUUCGCCUAAUGUUGCAAGUACAUUGCAUCCUAAUACACAAAGCAUGAUUCCAAAUCUUCAAAAUCUUAAUCCAAAUAUGCAAUCAUCUCCUAAUUUAACACAUGUUGGUUCUAAUGCCCAGAAUUUAUCUCUAAAUUUCCAAAAUUUGAGUCCCAUUACAACUCCACAGUGUCCUAUGCAAAGUCCUGGUACUCCUCAACUUAUAGAUUCUGAAUUUCAUAGGCUAAAUACUCAAAUGACUACAUCUGGACAAUACAAUGGAAAUGCCCAGAUUUCAAACAUUGAAACAUCAUCCAGAGAUCAACAGAUGACCCAAAAUACUUUUUUGCAUAAGUUGCAACCUAAAAUUUCACCUGUAGGAUCCAUCGCUUCGCAGCGACCAUUGAGUCAAUUAAGUACACAUAAUGUUAAUAAAUAUUCACAAGCAUACAGUACACCAGAAAAUUCGUCCAUUUUGCAAUCCCAUAUAAAAAGACCUAUCGAGACGUCUCAAUCGAUGCAUAAUUUGUCAAAGUCUAAUUUACCGUCCUCUGGAAAUAGUUUGACACCUGAUCAAAAUCAAAAUAUGAAAAGUGCUCUGUCUUCGGGAAAUCUAGCAGUUGGCUCAAGUUCCAGUACGACAAACAAACAAACAGCAGAACAAAGACUCACUCAUGAACAAUUCCGAGCGGCUUUACAGAUGGUGGUAAGUCGAGGCGAUCCAAGAGAAAAUCUGGAAAAUUUUCUUAAAAUUGGAGAAGGAAGUACUGGAACGGUAUGUAUAGCGACUGAAAAAAAUACAAAUCGACAAGUGGCAGUGAAAAAAAUGGAUUUAAGAAAGCAGCAACGACGUGAACUGCUUUUCAAUGAAGUGGUUAUCAUGAGAGAUUAUCACCAUCCAAAUAUUGUCGAAAUGUAUGAUAGUUUCUUGGUAGAUGAUGAAUUGUGGGUCGUGAUGGAGUACCUUGAAGGUGGAGCUCUUACAGAUAUUGUAACACAUUCUCGAAUGGACGAAAGUCAGAUUGCCACCGUGUGUUCUCAGUGUUUGAAACCACUUGCAUAUUUGCAUUCCCAAGGUGUUAUUCAUAGAGAUAUCAAGUCUGAUUCUAUAUUACUAACGGCUGAUGGUAGAGUUAAAUUAUCUGACUUUGGAUUCUGUGCUCAAGUAUCUCAAGAAUUGCCUAGGAGAAAGUCUCUUGUUGGUACGCCAUACUGGAUGAGCCCAGAAGUUAUUUCUAGGUUGCCGUACGGUCCCGAAGUAGACAUUUGGUCAUUAGGUAUAAUGAUCAUCGAAAUGGUCGAUGGAGAACCACCGUUUUUUAAUGAACCUCCUUUACAAGCUAUGAGACGUAUUAGAGAUAUGCCUCCACCAAAGUUGAAAAAUUCUCAUAAAGUCAGUCCACGUCUUCAAGGAUUCCUGGAGAGAAUGCUUGUUCGUGAUCCGGCACAAAGAGCCACGGCUACUGAAUUGUUGCAGCAUCCGUUUCUUAGGCAAGCGCAAAGUCCAAGUAUUCUAAUUCCAUUGAUGAGAGGUUCCAGACAUACAAAUUGCUGACAAUUUGGUGUAAAAAAAAACUGGUGUGGUAAUUGAUUCAUUCAAUUGAUUCAACACGGACAUAGAUUACAAAUGUAAUCGUGUUUAUGAUUGUUUUUUUUUUUUAUUUUUUUUAGUUUGUUGUCAGAUGUUACAUUUUAGACUAUGUAGAAUGUAGGUACCUUUAAGUGGCCUUUGAUUAUUGAGGAAAGAAAUUUAUAUUCCAUUGUGGCUUUAGAAGUGUUAUAAAUUUAUCAAAUAUUGCCUAUGAUUGGCAUUAGCGUCGUGAAAGAUAUUUUUUAUAUCGAAUUAUUUAACAAAAUAUUGUACACAUCCAAGUGCCUUCAUAAGCUGUUUCUUAUCUAUGAGAUCAUUUGUAAAGUAGUAGAUACAAAUCUUAUACCGUUCCGUUAAAUGACGCGACUAAUCAGCAAAACGUUGCCGAUUACUCUUAUAAACUUGUUAACAUGUACUUAAGGUAAAUAAUGAAUAGUCAUAUUUAAAUCAGAAACGCUGAUAAGACAGUAACGCCGAGAAGUAUUCCGCAAAAAGAAUUACUAUUGAGUAAUGCACUGCCUAAAAUUAGCGAAUUCUACGCCGUAUAGUUUAAAAAAACAAAGCAUUGACAUUUUAUUUUAAUUUAUUCGAUAUGCGUUGAUAUGACGCUUUAAAUACACGCGACUGGAAUAAGAUCAUCCAAUUUUUGAAGGCUAACGUGAUAAAUAAUCACUAUAAAGUGAUUAUUCAAGAUACUAUUGAAUCCAGUGCGCUUUAUUCAGUAUUCUUAAUAUAUAAAAUGUGUAAGAAAGUAAUCUCUUAGGUUCAAAGAUGCACUAAAAAAAGAAGGUGCCGUUAAGCAAAUAGACAACUAUAGUUAUUAAAAUACUUUUCAAUGUGUAGAUAUUUUACGUGGAACACUAAUAAGAGAAAUUUUGAACAGUAAUUGUUUCAUUACAUUAAGAUAUCUUAAGACAAACAGCAAUGAUUCCCAAUGCCAUUUAUUUUGAUCGAAUAGAAGAUCAAAAUACAGUACGGACAAAGGCCAUCGAUCAGAUAGACAACUUAUGAACAUGAUAAUUUAAGAUUUAAAGUAUACAUAGCACUAGAAUAUUUUAAAAAUGUAGAUAUUAUUGAAUAUCACUACAUAGAUAAACCAUAUGUACGCAAGAAUAACAAUCACGAAGUGAAAUGAAUCUACCUAGCUACUUUUGCUCGCCAUUCAUAAAAAAAUAUCUUUUUAAGAAACAAAAAUUAUGUAAAACAAUUUUUGUAAGUCUCAUGCCGCCCUCUUUUUCUAUCUGUUUCUAUUUUUCUCCCUCCCUCUCCCCACAAACGUACAGGUAUGCAUGUGUGACAACAAAAUAUGUAUACGAUAAAAUAUUAAUUACCAAUAAUUGAUAUUGAACAAUUUAAUAGAAUAAAAUUCAAAAAUAUAUGA